UGGAACGCGGCAUUAGCACAGUUUCCCUUUCCUCUCAGCCAGUUAGGUCUAACGUUAGUCAAAAUGGCGAGCCUCAUGUAGGGGUCGAGUGUGAUUAUCUGUGACAUUUUCAUCACUUUUAGGGAGUUUAUUUUGUUCCUGUGCAGCUUUCCUAACAAACAUGUUCGCAAACAUAGCUCUGCGAACUGUUUUGAAAUCGUCGGCUGGUGUUUUGCGAGAAGGCGGCGCUCUGUGCUCUGCUUUGUCCGCGAAACCCUCGACAUGCAGCUCGGCUUCAUUGUCAGGCCUGAGAGUCAGCUGUGUUGCAGGAGGCUUUGCUCUUCCACCACCAGUUAGACAUUAUGCUCGGGCUGCAAAGAAAAAGAAGACGGGCCCCGAGAGCCAGCUCAGUGAUCUUCCACCAACAAUGCUGAAGAUGGAUUAUGCAGCUGUACCCCUCGCUCAAACGAGUGAUGAUCUCGUCAAAAGACUUCUUUCGCUGGAGUUAGCGAGUCAUAGUGAAAAGCUACAGCUGAAAAAGGAACAGCUCAUUGCAAAAGUCCAGAGGGAUGAGAAUGACCGCAGCUCAGUGGAAGUUCAGGUGGCAAUUUUGACUGCAAGAAUCCGAAACUAUCAGGAGCACUUGCAGAAACAUCACAAG